AUCACCGUGAGACACAGACAGUGACGCUUCAUUAUUUAAGGCGCAGUAACAGCAACGGCGGUGCGAGUCUCGCGCACUGAGCGCUAUAAAUACAGCAGCUCGCGCCGGUCACGCCACAGACAGCCGCGAUCUCCGCCGCUCUCUCUGCGAAAGUAAUAAGACUCUACAGACUAAACGGAUGAUGGGAGUCUGAUAUCGCCUUUCGAUUCUCAAGGACUGUUUAUUUAAUUUUUCCGCCUGUGUUGUUAAACAUUAUAAGAUGUUCAGGUGGAGUGAUGCAUAAUUUGAAACGCGUCUCAAAUGCUCUGUGUCUCUAAGGUCAAUGGUGCUUGUCCCAUAGCCUGGAGAUGUUAGCCACACAACACUACAACAGAUCGGCACUGGCUGUGGAUGAAGUGCUCCGCAAUCAGACCCAUACGAUGUCUCCGGUGGCACCGGUGCACUGCAGGGAAAACCUGACCUCCACAAACAACCCCACGGCAGCGGGCCUGUCGAUGACACUGGGCAUCGUGUCCAACAUCAUAGCUCUGAUCAUCCUGGCUAAAGCGUACGCUCGCCUGCGGAAACGCUCCAAAGCCACGUUUCUGCUGUUUGCCAGUUGUCUGGUGGCGACUGACCUUGCCGGUCAUGUUAUUCCAGGUGCCCUGGUUCUGCACCUCUACACUACCGGGGGACUUUGUAACCAUACCGAUCCCACCUGCCAUUUCUUGGGCGGCAGCAUGGUGUUCUUUGGCCUGUGCCCGCUGUUUCUCGGGUGUGGCAUGGCGGCCGAGCGGUGCAUGGGUGUAACGCGGCCUCUCCUGCAUGCCCGCGUGGUUUGCACCGCACGCACCAAGGUGGUGCUGGUGAUGAUAUGGUUGUUGGCUUUAACUGUAGCACUGCUGCCCUUCUUUCAUCUGGGCACCUAUACAUACCAGUACCCAUGGACCUGGUGCUUCAUUAAGGUGUUAGGCAAAACAAGCAUGACAGACGUGUUGUUUGUGCUGCUUUUUUCUGGACUGGGACUGGGCUCGCUGGCCGUGGCAUUGAUUUGCAACACCAUCAGCGUGAUGACGCUGGUGAUUGCCCGUCUCCGAAGGAAGAAGUGCAACCGCAGGUCAGCUAAAUCGCAUGACAUUGAGAUGGUGACGCAGCUGGUGGGCAUUAUGGUCACUUCUUGCAUCUGCUGGAGCCCUCUGCUGAUCUUCGGUCUUAUGUCAGUCAUCCGCUCAUACAGUGGCAGUAUGGGAGAUGAUCUGAAAACCUACAGGACUUUAAUGGUAAUGGGAGUGCGCCUGGCCUCCUGGAACCAGAUUCUGGACCCCUGGGUUUAUAUUCUUCUACGCCGGGCCGUCCUUAGAAAGAUCUACCGCUUAACCACCGGCCGCAGUGACCUUAAGGGGAGCACAUUCCGGCGGUGGGAGAUCAGCUCUUUCCAGAACUCACUGAAGAACGCAAUUAAUCUGAACUAAUGGAGCGAUUGUAGUUUGAGCUCUACCACAUGGAAAAGACUAGGAAAAAAAAAAAAAAAAUGGAAAUAGGAUAUUUGGUUAUUAAUCAAAUCGUUGCAGUGCAGCGUUACUGAAAGUAGACGUAAGCUCCUACUGUAUUCCUUGAAUGGUGGAUGAAGGAGCAGCUUACUGGAAGUUGUAAUGCCAGCGAUGCUCUGGAUUAACCACAGACUUCAAUAAGCUUUGUAAUUGAGCACAGUUGGGUUCUGGAAGUAAAAAUCCCAUUCAUUUUCUCCAUAUAGGCACUGACUUUAACAACAAUCUUUCAAGACUGACCUACCAUGAACUCUGAGAUUGUAAAAGCAUAAUUUCACCAAUUUUCAACCCACUUUGUAUUGUUACAGUGCAGAUAGUAUAUGUAAAUGAACAAUGUUUACUCCUUCUUCGUGAUACCUGGACUGAGAAAUGCAUGUUUAUUUGACAUCUCCAGGGCUUUUGUGAAAACUACAGAUUACACUUCUGCAUUGUUGUAUCCCUGCCCAUGGACAGUCAGACCGACAGAGGGUUAUUAACAAAAAAGUUAUUGUAUGAGUAGAUUUAUCACUGAAAACUGUAUUGUACUUUGUCUACUCUUUAAACAUUAUUAUGGUAAAAAUGGAACACUAUGGCAACAGCUUUCUUACCUGUACGCGAUGCUGUAUUGCUUUCCAGAACUGACAGAACAUCAGUUUCUUUCAGUUUUUCCCCUCUAUUUGGCCUAAAACAGAUUUUCCGUGGCAAUCUCUCCAUAUUUGCAAUGCUUUACAGCCUUUAGCCGCUCCCUACAACACGCUAGAUCCUUCACUGGAAACUGAAAGUAACUCACUCCCGCUAAAUGUUUACUCUUAAUUCUUGCACCCGAGAACAAUACAAGUCGACACCAUUAUGACUACAAGUUUGCUAAGAAGUAUUUCCUACUAAAGCAAGGUGGUAUUGACUCUGUUUUAUUGAAAACCCAUUUUGACCGCAGUGAAGUACACCUUUAAAGUCCCUAUGAAAUCAGAAUUGAAGUUUUUUGGCUUUUUAUGAAUAUGUUAGCCUUACUCUUAACUAUAAGCUAGUGUCCUACAAAACAAUGACAAAUUUCAACAUGGUGAAUGGCACAUAUAGGGGAUAUGGAACGAUUCAGACAGUGUAAAUAUGCUUUCCAUUGAGGCGAAUGAAGUCUGGUUUCACGUUAAUGUCUCAAGAACCUCCGCAGCGCACACACAGUCUGCUCCGGUCCAGAGACACGAGAGCACAGAGCAGAAUAUAUCGGCGAGUCGGCUCAGACCACAAAACGAAUCAGACCCAUUUAAAUUCUGCACAGAAUGCUGUAAUUUAAAGCGAUAUGGAGGAGAUUAGGAGGAAACUGAGGCUUUACCGGGAUCAACAGCUCAGGCCAAGUUGCGAUAUAAACAAAACACUAAUGGCCUUUUCAAUUUUACACUAUCAUCAAUGACUUAUUGCCAAUAAAUUCAUAUAGUACCAUUUGUGUAUUAUUAUUUUUUUUUUUUUUAGUAAUUUAUAUAAUUUACAGUGCUUCAGUUCAAAGUUUGUAGUGUUUUCUAAUUUUCUAGAAUGCCUAUGGAGAAAAUGAAUGGUAAAAAUAUUUCUGGAACCAAGGGUCUGAAAAAGUAGGUGGUCACUUUUGUGCUCUGUAAAGUGAGUAUGCUAAAUGAGAAUGUGAAAUGGACUACAAACAUGCCCUACUCAUGUCACCUCCAUUAUUUUACUAUUUAAAUUGUUAAUGAAGGAUUGUUAUAAUCAUAAAUGCCAGUCUAAUUGCCAGUACACUUAAACUUGUAUGAAAUUUUAAGUUAUAAAGACGACAAAUAUCUGUUGUAAAAAAACGAACCCUUUGUUCCCAUGUAAUCUACAAGGGAAAAGAAAUAUAAAAAGGCAAAACCAUGAUGCAGAGGAUUCAGAGGACAAGAGCAAGAACAAAGUGUUGUUUGAGCCUGAGUUUUGAUAGUAUGCAAUUGUUAAUUUCCAGGACAAUCAUGCACCAUCUCUUGUGGUGGAUCAUUAUAUGAUUCAUUGUUAAAUAAUGUGUAUAGUGACUUCACCAAAAUGUUUUUGAACAUGAAGCUUUUUGGAUUCAGAGCUAUUGCACAGGAUUCAGUAUAGUCCAGUGCACUUCAGCAUUUCUAUUACAUACAAUAUAUAAAAGUCAAAUAAUGAAAAAUACAGUAAAUAUCACUGCAGCCUAAAAGUUGAACUUUUACAUGUGCAUGACAGUUUCAGUGUUCUUGUUGACCUGUCUGUAUAUUUGUGUCUUAUUUGUUGUCUUGAAAAGCUAUAGAAUACAGAAGCUAUUGAAUAUUAUUUUGACCAAUAAAGGUUUACUUCUGGAGAAGUUCUCAAAA